AUGAUUGAGAUCCUGAAGGAACGCAAACAUGAAAACCGUUCAGUCCUGGAGUCCUUGAAGCGUUCUGAAGAUCUGACCUCAGCUCUACAACGUCCACGCUGUGAGAUGACGGGCAGCUCACCUCUCAGUUAUCUGUUUAAAGGAGCAUUUCGUCCAUUUUCAGUGGAAGGAGGCGGUUCAGUCCAGACCAGCAGGCAUUUUGGUGAGGUUAAGUGCACUAACGUAGACCUGUAUCUGUGUCCAUCCUCACAGCUCACCAGACUUUCUAAAGUUUCCACAGACGCCGCGCCCUUCCUAAAAACCACACUGAACCGUGUCCGCGAGGAGGAGAGAAGGCACCCUCUGUAA